GCUGAGCUUCUUUCGGGAUACUCCUGAUUUCCGCGUCCUGGCCUGUGGAGGAGAUGGCACGGUAGGCUGGAUCCUGGACUGCAUAGACAAAGCGAACUUGGUGAAGCACCCGCCGGUGGCUGUCCUGCCCUUGGGAACGGGCAACGACCUGGCCCGGUGCCUGCGCUGGGGAGGAGGCUAUGAAGGAGGGAACCUGAUGAAGGUCCUGAAAGACAUCGAGCACAGCACGGAGGUGAUGCUGGACCGCUGGCAGAUAGAUGUCGUUCCCAGUGACAAGGAGGCCAACGGAGACCCUGUCCCAUCCACCAUCAUCAACAACUACUUCUCCAUCGGGGUGGACGCCUCCAUCGCCCACCGCUUCCACAUCAUGCGAGAAAAGCACCCUGAGAAAUUCAACAGCAGGAUGAAGAACAAGCUGUGGUACUUUGAAUUUGGGACAUCGGAGACCUUUGCAGCCACCUGCAAGAAGCUCCAUGACUAUGUUGAGGUGGAGUGUGACGGGACCCUGCUAGACCUGAGCAACGCGUCCCUGGAAGGCAUCGCCGUCCUCAACAUCCCCAGCAUGUACGGCGGCUCCAACCUCUGGGGUGAGACCAAGAAGCAGCGCAGUUACAACCGGCUGGGCAAGAAAGCGCCGGAGAAGCUGCACGCCACGGUGGUCACUGAUGCCAAGGAGCUCAAGUUCUGCGUGCAGGACCUCAGUGACCAACUCUUGGAGGUGGUGGGGCUGGAAGGAGCAAUGGAGAUGGGGCAGAUCUACACGGGGCUGAAGAGCGCUGGGAAGAGACUGGCUCAGUGUUCAUCCGUCACCAUCAGGACCUCCAAGCUGCUGCCCAUGCAGGUGGACGGGGAGCCCUGGAUGCAGCCGGCCUGCACUGUCAAAAUUACACACAAAAGCCAAGUGCCGAUGCUGCUGGGGCCCCCACAGAAGAGCAGCUUCUUCUUCCUGAAGAGGAAAAACCGAACUCGAGAUUAA